AAGUGUAAAAACCAUUCUUAGCUCUUGAGCUGGACCAAACCAGGUGGGGGUGGGGUGGGCUGGGAUUUGCCACCCCCCCCCAGCCCUGGGGACCUCAGUUGGCAGUUGGACCCCUUGCCAUAGAACCUCCUGGGCUCUGUGAGCAGUUAGCAUUUGAUGCCGAGCAAAGUUGCUGGAGGCUUUUGAGCAGAAGAGAGAAAUGCUCUGAUGCAGGCUUUAGGAAGCUGGUGGACCAGGGAGGGGAACAGAAGCAGGGAGGCCUGGGAGGAGGUGACCUCCAGAUAGAAUUGUGAUGGGGCUGGACCAUGGGUGAGAAGGGGUCCCUGGACGUAGUUUACAGCUGGUGGGGUUGGCUGCUGGAUUGGGUGUGGGGUGAGAGAGGAGUGAGAUGAUGCUAAGACUUGGCCUAAGCCCCUACCGGGACAGCGAUGUCCUUGGCCCACUGCGGGGGGCUUCUGAGCUUGUCUAGCAUCCAGAAGGACAGGCCGAGGGCAGUUGGAAAUCCGAGGCCUGAGCUGGGAGAUCCAUUUCAGUCUCCUCUCUGGACAAGCCUGAGAGGGUCACACCACCCCCCCUCGGUGUAAGAGGAGAGAGGAGCCCUUAACACCCUCCUUCCAACUCCCCAAUUGCUUAUCAGCAGACUCUCCAUUUACCUGCCCCCACCUCUCCCUCCAUCUGCCUAAAGGUGUCUAAGAAUAAUCACGGACAACAGCAGUGAUCCUGCCCCCAGGUACACUGGGUGAUACCUGGGACAUUUACGGUUGUCACACGGUGGGGGGUGUGUUUCUGGACCAGGGGUGCCGCUCGACACCCCACAGAGUCCAGGAUGGCCCCACCCCAGGGAAUGACCAGGCCCCAAGUGUCAGCAGUGCCUCUGGGUGGAGGAACCUGGCUCUAUAGUGUUCGUUCCAUUAUCUAUCCCAUUGUUAAAGAAUUGAGGCCCAGAGAGGGAGAAUGGCUGGCCCCCGGUCACACAGCAACUAUACAACGGCCAAGCUGGGUUCAAAGCCCCAGUGCCUGUCAGCAGUCAUUGCUGUUAAAUUUGGGCUCCUGAAGGCCUGUCUCCUCACGCAUCCCUUCUCUCCCCUGUAAUCCCAAUCUUCUCCCUUCUCCUGGUCCCUUCUCGAAUUUGCAUCCACAACACAGUGGACUAUCCUGACUUUUGGAACCGUUUGUGGCUCUCCUGACACCCCACACUCCCGGUUUCCCCCUCCUUCCCAGGACCCCCUCCUCCAGCUCCUAUGCUAGCACCUCUCCUCCUCUGCCCCACCCUUAAGUAUGCACACCCUCACCCCACCCCACCCCAUGCCCCAGGUCCUGCACCAGGGCAGAGGCUACCACACUGGUCCAGGAGAGCAAUUUAUUUCAUGAUUUCUCCCAAACAUGAUCUUGUUCCUGCCACUCCCCAACUCCUGCCCAUUCUUCAAGUUUCAGCUCAGAUGUCCUUUCUUCCAGGAAGCCCUCCUUGACUCCCCAGAUGAUAUCAAGAGUCCUCUCUGAGCUCCCAGCUCACCUGGGCUUCCCUCAUAAUAGCCCUGAUCACCUUGGUUCAUAAAUCCAUGGGUGUGUCUGUCUCCCCAGGGACCUCAGUGAUAGCAGGGACAUCUGUCUUCGUCACCACUGAGUCCCAAUGCCCAGUGCAGUGCCAGGCACCCUGUAGCACGAGUGGACUGAAUGAAUGAAAUACACAUGGCUCAGAGGGCUUGGCCUUGUGAGUCACACAUUAACUGAGCAAACAUUCACCAACUGCCCACCCCACCCGGGGGUGCCCACCCCACCCUGGCCUCUGCCAGGGAGGCCUCAGUGGGACCCUGCUCUCAAGGGGCUCCCAGUCUGAGAAAACCAGCAGAACACAGACCCUCCCAGCCCCUUGGAGUUAGAGCCAAAGGCUGUGUCCUCUCUGUCUUUCAGUGGUUUAUCUGAGCACCUACUAUGUCCUGCGUCCCUAGGAUUCAGUAUUAGAUAUGCACACAGCCCAACCGCAUCUUUCUUUGAAUCCGUGUUUAUGGCGCACUAUGUUCCAGGCCCCAUAUAUAGCAUGUCGUUUAGUCCUCCCAGUAACCCUCUGCAGUAGGUACUGUUUAAUAUGAAACCCAUUUCCCGGAUGAGGAAAGUGAAGUCCAAAGCAGGUAAGUAUCUGGGCCGAUCUUAUAGAUGGUAAAUGCGGGUUUGUGGAAGGCAGGGGGCGUGGCGGGGGUGGAUGCCCUGGAUUCAAAUUCAGGUUUGUCAGACUGCAGAGCCCCACUGGUGGAUGAAGAAUGAAUGAAUGAGUGAAUGAAUGAGUGAGGGAGAGCCUGGAUAGCCCAGCGGCAGUGGAACCAGACCGGGAGUCACCUGAGACCACCCCCCUAUCCCACACUCCCCCUCUUCCCCCCCCCUCCCCAGAGAGGCGGAGACGAACGCAGGCGGGUCCAUGCAGAUCCUGGGAGCCUGGCCCUCUUUGCCUCAGCCUCCUGGUGGCAAGAAGCUGCGGCUCAGCCCCACUGACCUUGGCUCCUGCCCACCCUGCGGCCCCUGCCCCAUCCCGAAGCCGGCAGCCAGAGGCAGGCGCCAGAGCCAGGACUGGGGCAAAAGUGACGAGCGGCUGCUGCAGGCCGUGGAGAACAAUGAUGCCGCACGGGUGGCCUCCCUCAUUGCCCGCAAGGGGCUGGUGCCCACGAAGCUGGACCCCGAGGGCAAGUCCGCAUUCCACCUGGCGGCCAUGAGGGGUGCAGCCAGCUGUCUAGAGGUGAUGCUGACACACGGCGCCAACGUUAUGAGCACGGAUGGGGCAGGUUACAGUGCCCUCCACCUGGCCGCCAAGUAUGGGCACCCUCAGUGCUUGAAGCAACUACUGCAGGCAUCCUGCGUGGUGGAUACUGUGGACAGUAGUGGGUGGACGGCCCUGCAUCACGCAGCGGCUGGCGGCUGCAUCUCCUGCUCAGAAAUGCUCUGCUCCUUCAAGGCACAUCUGAAUCCCCGAGAUCGGCUGGGUACAACACCCCUCAUCAUAGCAGCUCAGAUGUGUCACACAGAUCUGUGCCGCCUUCUCCUGCAGCAAGGGGCUGCUGCAAAUGACCAGGACCUUCAGGGCAGGACGGCCCUGAUGCUGGCCUGUGAGGGAGCCAGCCCCGAAACAGUGGAGGUGCUGCUGCAGGGUGGGGCCCAGCCGGGCAUCACUGAUGCGCUGGGCCAGGACGCUGCUCACUACGGCGCCCUGGCAGGGGACAAACUCAUCCUACACCUCCUGCAGGAGGCCGCCCAGCGCCCCUCACCACCCAGCGAGGAUGACUCAGGCGAGGCAUCAUCUCAGAACUCUGUGUCCAGCCAUGAAAAGCAAGGGGCCCCCAAGAAGCGGAAGGCACCUCAGCCCCCUGCCAAUAUCCCGAUGCCGGAUGACCAAGAUGCCUAUGAGGAGAUCGUGCGGCUGCGACAGGAGAGGGGCCGCCUGCUGCAGAAGAUCCGGGGCCUGGAGCAGCACCAGGAACGGAGGAAGCAGGAGCUGCCAGAGGCGGAGGCCAGCUCCCUCCACAGCCUGGAGAGACAGGUGCAAGAGCUACAGCAGCUGCUGGCAGAGAAGCAGGAGGAGAAGGAGAGUCUAGGACGGGAGGUGGAAAGUUUGCAGAGCAGGCUGUCCCUGCUGGAGAAUGAGAGGGAGAACACCAGCUAUGACGUGGCCACCCUGCAGGACGAAGAGGGUGAGCUGCCCGACUUCCCAGGGGCUGAGGCGCUGCUCUCCAAGCACCUAAGCCCAUCGGCCCAGGAGCUCUUGGCCUCGCUGCAGGAGCAGGUGGCCAUGCUCACCAGACAGAACCAGGAACUGAUGGAGAAGGUCCAGAUCCUGGAGCACUUCGAGAAGGACGAGAUGGAGGCUGGCAGUCUGGCCGAGGUCAUCCCUCUGGCGCUGUAUGACUCUCUCCGGGCUGAGUUUGACCAGCUCCACAGGCAGCAUGCCAAGGCCCUGCAGGCACUGGAGCAACAGGAAGCGCAGGAGGCCCCUGGAGAAGAGGAGGCAGCCCCCAGGGAGGGCAAAGGCCCGGGAGCCAAGACCACCAGAAACGGACCGGUGCAAACAGAGCUUAACGGCACUGCAGCUCCGGAAACCAGAGUUAAUGGAGCCGAGAGCACAGAUGAGGAGGCUGCAGGAGUAGAAACCACGGAAGCCAGAGCUUUGGAAGCAGCAUCCGUGGUGGCUGAGGCCACGGAAACAAGACCCACGAACGCUGAGGCCACGGAAACGGAGGGUGUGGGAGCCGAGCGCUUGGAGACAAAGGCCACAGGGGCUGAGGUCCCAGAAACGAAAACUCUAGAAGAAGGAGGAAACCCAGAAACAAAGGCCACGGGAGCAGAGUCCACAAAUAUGAAAACAGAGGAACCAGAAUGGAAGGCCAGUGGAAUAGGUGCUGUGCCGGAAGAGCUCACACGCACAGGGACCAUGAAAACGGAGGCCGUGGGAGUGGAGGCCACGACCCCGAGGGUCACCCCAGGCCCCGCCCUGCACCCCAGUGCUGCCGGGCUGGAGGCGGCCCACGGCAAGGCUGAGCCCGCGGAGGCCGAGGGUGGUGGGGCUGGCGGGGUCAGCAGCGGUGACACAGGCCAGCUGCGGGCCGCCCUGGAGCAGGCCCGGGAGGACCUCCGAGACCGGGACUGCCGCCUCCGGGAGCUGGAAGCGGCCUCGGCCCGGCUGGACGAGGCCCAGGCCGGCCGGCUGUUGGCCGAGGAGGAGGCUCGGGGCCUGCGGGCAGAGCUGGCCCAGCGGGAGGAGUUGCGGCUGGAGCUGAGCCGGGAGCUGCAGGCCCUACGGGAGCAGCUGGCUACGGCCACAGCCGCCGGGGAGCAGCACCGGGCCGCGGCCGUCAAGCUGGGCCAGGCGCGGGAUGCGGCUGAGGCCCGGGCUGCUGAGCUGGCCGCGGCCUGCGAGGAGGCUCGGCAGGGCCUGGCAGAAUUGCGUGAGGCCUCCGAGGGGCUCCGCCAGUCAGCGGUGCCGGCCUCGGAGCAUCACCGGCUGCAGGAGGAGGCCCUGGAGUUGCGGGGCCGGGCGGCCAGCCUGGAGCAGGAGGUGGUGGCCACGGGCAAGGAGGCUGCCCGUCUGCGGGCAGAGCUGGAGCGCGAGCGUGUGGGCAGCGUGGCCCGCCUGGAGCACGAGCGCAUCGUGGGUGCCCUGCAGGCCGACGUGGCCCGGCUGCAGGGGCAGCUGGAGGAGCUGGGGCGACGCCACGAGAUGACCAGCGCCGAGGUCUUCCAGGUGCAGCGGGAGGCGCUAUUCAUGAAGAGUGAACGGCACGCGGCCGAGGCCCAGCUGGCCACCGCAGAGCAGCAGCUGCGGGGGCUACGUACCGAGGCCGAGAGGGCACGCCAGGCCCAGAGCCGUGCCCAGGAGGCCCUGGAGAGGGCCAAGGAGAAGGACAAGAAGAUCACAGAGCUCUCCAAGGAAGUCUUCAGUCUUAAGGAGGCACUGAAGGACCAGCCGGGGGCCCCAGGCUCCUCGGAGGUGGAGGCCCUUCGCGGCCAGGUGAAGGCUCUACGGGAGCAGCUGGAGGAAGCUGCCAGGGACCACAGUGCAGUGGUGGCCUUGUACAGGAGCCACCUCCUCUACGCCAUUCAGGGUCAGAUGGAUGAAGACGUACAGCGGAUUCUGAGUCAGAUCCUGCAGAUGCAAAGACUCCAGGCCCAGGGCCGCUGAGAUCAGAGCACUGCCCUCCGCCUUCCAGGCCCCAAGUCGGGGCUUCCAGACUCACGCACUGACCAUCCGCACUUGGAGACCAGCCUGGGCUCCUUCCCAAUGAUCCCUCACUGCCUCCACGGCCCCACUGGUCUCUGCAUGCGCUGGUCAGUCUAGACCCCGGCCCUGACUGUGUACCCUUCCCUGCGCCGGAGAAUCUGUGAGUCCCCUCCCUCACGUCUGGUCUUAUCAUCAGACGCCACCCCAGGAAUAAAAGCUCACGGAACAGA